AUGGGACGGCGGGGCGAGACGGCGGUGGUCCCCAUUGACGUGGCUUCCGGCGGCGGCGGCGGGCGAGGCGAGGAGCGGCCCAAGAGCGAGCGCCACCGGAGCCACGGCCCCGGCCGCCACGGCCAGCACCGGAGCCGCCCGCCGCCGCCGCCCCCGCCGGCGUUCCGGCCGUUCCGGCGGUGGUUCCCGUUCCUUGUGCCGCUCUUCAUCGUCGCCAACAUCGUCCUCUUCGUGCUCACCAUGUACGUCAACGACUGCCCCGCGCACGCGCGGGCCACCGGCGCCGCGAUAGGGGGAUCAGUCGGCGAGAGCGCCACCGCGCAGGGCUGCUUGCUCGCGCCCGAGCUCGGGAGGUUCGCGUUCCAGUCGUUCAAGGAGAACCCGCUCGUCGGACCUUCCUCCGCCACGCUGUUGGAAAUGGGGGCACUUGAAACCAGUAAAGUUACCAAAGAUCACGAAGGCUGGCGCCUCAUUACAUGCAUUUGGUUGCAUGCUGGAGUCGUCCACAUACUCGCUAACAUGUUGAGUCUCUUGAUGAUCGGAAUCAGGCUUGAGAAGGAAUUUGGUUUCAUAAGGAUUGGUACACUGUAUGUGAUCUCUGGUGUUGGUGGCAGCUUGCUGUCUUCUCUAUUUAUGGUGUCAAAUAUAUCUGUCGGUGCGUCAGGUGCACUAUUUGGACUAUUGGGCUCGAUGCUGUCAGAGCUCAUAACAAAUUGGACGAUAUAUGAGAACAAGUUUGCAGCACUCUUGACUCUAGUUAUGAUCAUUGUCAUCAACUUAGCUGUUGGGAUCCUUCCACAUGUUGACAACUUCGCUCACCUUGGAGGAUUUAUGUCAGGGUUCUGUCUUGGUUUUGUGCUGCUAAUACGACCACAGUUUGGAUAUAUUAACCAAAAGAACUCUCCUCUUGGAUUUCCCACGGGCGUAACUAAACGGAAGUUCAAGACAUAUCAAAUCAUACUUUUGGUUAUUGCUACAGUGAUGCUAGUUUCUGGGUAA